AUGCGGUAUCAUUCGGUCUUAUUUGCUCUACUCGCACUUGCUAGGAACGGUGGGGUUUAUGUUAUUUUACGUUAUGUCCAGAAAAGAGAGCCUAGGAUCACGAAAAGAGUCUUCUUUGAUAUUGAAAUUGAUGGCCAAAAGGUCGGCAGAAUUGUUAUGGGCCUAUUUGGAAGAACUGCCCCUAGAACUGUUGAAAAUUUCCGUGCUUUGUGCACUGGAGAGAAGGGAAUCGGCAGGAGCGGAAUGCCGUUGCAUUACAAGGGAACCGUUUUCCAUCGUAUCAUUCCGCAUUUGAUGAUUCAGGGCGGUGAUAUUACUGCUGGAAAUGGAACCGGAGGUGAGUCCAUUUAUGGCCACAGAUUCCCGAACGAAAACUUUAGAAUGAAGCAUGUGGGUCCUGGUUUGCUGUCGAUGGUCAAUUCUGGACCGAAUGCGAAUGGAUCUCAGUUCUUCAUUACUACCGUUAAAGCCCAGUGGCUGGAUCGUCGUCAUGUUGUUUUUGGCAGAGUCAUUGAAGGUAUGAAGAUCGUGAAGAUGAUCGAAGCUCUUGGAACAGGCAAUGGAACGCCUCUGAAGAAGGUUGUUAUUGCUGACAGUGGAGAGCUGUGA